CCCAAACAUAGACAAGGAGAAGCUGCAGCAGCUGGUGUGUUUGUACUGAAGUGAAUCAUCUUGUUACUCCAGUGUGAUGGAGGGUACGAAACCAGAUUCACCUCAACCCAGCUGUGUCUCCAUGAAGAGCGAUCAGUCAAUAGAUCCUCCACAAAACUUUAAAGAUGGAGGAUGUUUUACUGAUCUGAGAACACAAAAGAAGAAAUUAAAUGUUACUUAUCAGUUGGAAUCCAUAUUUAAGGAACUGGAGCUCAAAGUCAUCAGCAUGUUAAAGAAUGAGCUAAACAAGUUCAAAAAGCUACUGAAUGAAGAUUACCCAGCAUGCUCUGAGCAGGAGGUAAAGGAUGUGGAAGAUCUGAGUAGUUUCAGAGAGGGGGCGCUAAAGAUCACGCUGAAUGUUCUGAAGCUCAUGAACCAGACAGACCUCGCUAACACCCUGCAGAGGAAACUAUUAAUCCCUGUAUAUCAGAAAAAACUCAAAUCCAAUCUGAGAGAGAAAUGUAAAAGAAUCUGUGAAGGAAUCUCCCAGCAUGGAAGCUCAGCACUUCUGAAUGAGAUCUUCACAGAGCUCUACAUCACAGAGGGUUGGAGUGAAGGCGUCAAUGAUGAACAUGAGGUCAGACAGAUUGAAGCUACAUCCAGGAGACCAGCAGUACAGGAGAUUCCCAUCAAAUGCACUGACCUCUUUAAAGACACGUCCAUUAGAACUGUGCUGACUAAAGGAAUCGCUGGAAUUGGAAAAACAGUCUCAGUGCAGAAGUUCAUUCUGGACUGGGCUGAAGGAAAAGCAAAUCAGGACGUUGUCUUCAUAUUUCCACUUCCUUUUAGAGAGCUAAACUUGAUGAAGCAGGAAAACCUCAGUCUGAUGGAACUUCUUCAUCAGUUUUUUCCAGAAGUGAAAGGAGAAGCCAAUCAGAUCACGACUGUCUGUGUAGCCCAGCUAACAGAGGUACGAGGGUUCAGUGAUCCUCAGAAAGAGACGUACUUCAGGAAGAGGAUCAGUGAUGAGAACCUGGCCAGUAAAAUCAUCACUCACAUGAAGUCAUCAAGAAGCCUCUACAUCAUGUGUCACAUUCCAUUCUUCUGCUGGAUCUCAGCCUCUGUUCUAGAGAGAAUUCUGGAUGGAGCCGAGGAGAAAAAGAUCCCCAAAACUCUGACUCAAAUGUUCACUUACUUCCUGAUCUUUCAGAUAAAACACAAGGAACAAAAGUACCAUGGGAAAUCUGACCCUGAUCCUCUUCAGACCAGUGAGACGAUACUGGCACUGGGAAAACUGGCCUUCCAACAGAUGGAGAAAGUAAACCUGAUCUUCUAUGAAGAAGACCUGACAGAAUGUGGCAUUGAUGUCAAAAACGCAUCAGUGUACUCAGGAGUCUGUACCCAGAUCUUCAUAAAAGAGGCUGGGCUGCACCUGGAAAUGUGCUGGUGA